AAUUCUAGUCAUGAAAAGUUUAAGCCAAUCCAAGUGACAAUUUGUAAUGAUGGGUAAACCAUAAUGAGAGUGAUAGGUCAUUCUAAGGUCAUCAUUAUGAAUUUUAUAGCCCAGCCUGUCUGUGUAAAACCAAUUGUAUAUUAUUUUGGUAGCCUUUUCUAACUAUUUUUAUUCGUUGAGGGAAUAAUUUAUAUGGUAAGCCAGAUAAACUCAGGUAAAUGACUCUACUGCAAAAAUUUAGAUUUUCUCUUCUGUUUUCAUUAGUGAUAGAGGUUCAAAUUUGGAAACUCACAAAAAAACCUACCAAAAAAUGAAUGUCCUUGGAUGAUGUCAAAACAAAAACAUGAAUUUGAUUCCCAUAAAAAAAAAACAUGAAUUUAACUAUAGUUGAAAGCUUUGAGGAUACACUGUGGGAAACCAAAAAAACUAUGCAUAAAUGACUUGAACCUUCUAGUUUUGUCAUUAUAAUUUAAAAUUGCCAUAACCAAUUCUCCUGUGUGUUGUAUUAUAUAUGGCAAAGGUUCCAACUUAUACAUGGACAAGAGCCUAAUGUAAAACUUGACAUUCUUGGUUUCUACUCCUUUUCUUUGUUAUUCCUUACUGUCAUUUUCUCAAAAAGAAAUCUUUCUCUUCACAAGUUUAUGGAGGUGGAAUUGUCUUCAAAAUCAAGAAUAGACAUGGUGGUGGAGACUCCACACUUGGAUGAUAAUCCGAAAAAUAAGAAUCCGAGUAGUUUUAGUGGAGGCUCCUCCUCUAGAUUCAAAGGAGUAAUGCCUCUGAGCAGUGGUAAAUGGGGUGCACGGAUCUCCCAUAAGUACAAGCCAUAUUGGCUUGGAGCACAUCAGAAAGAGGAACAGGCAGCCAGGGCUUAUGAUAGAGCAUCCAUCAAGCUUCAAAGGCGUGAUGCCCCCCUCAACUUCCCUUGGACUAAUUACUCUGAUCAAGAGAGCAUAUUCCAAAGCCAGUACUCAAAUGAGGAAAUUCUGAACAUGAUCAGGGAUCAAACUUACUCAUCCAAGUUCAAAAAGUUCCGAUCAAAUCAUUCUUCGGUUAAGGGAAAUCCAACAUGUAACUUACUGAAUGAUCAAGGAAUCUCAUACCAGUUACUCUUUCAGAAGGAAUUGACCCACAACGAUGUUGCCAACAAGAAUUUGCUCAUCCCAAAGGAAUUUGCAUUGAAAUACUUCCCACCACUUGCCAUCAUCGAUUCAGUCAAAAAUGAAGAGAGGAGAGAGUCCAUCAAAUUAACCUUCUAUGAUAAACAUUGUCGUUCAUGGACUUUUCAAUAUUCAUUUUGGAAGAGUUCCAAGAGCUAUGUUUUCACAAAUGGCUGGAGUCACUUUCUCAAGAUGAAUAACUUGAACCAUAAAGACAUUGUCUUUUUCUACAGAUGUGAGAAUGAAGAGAACAGUGUGUUUUACAUGAUAGAUGCACAGCCAAAAAAUGUGGAAAAUUCUGUCUCUGGUGGGAAUAUGGAGCAGGAAAUGGGUAUAAAAGGAAUCAUCAACAAUGGCCUAGAUGCUGCUAGCAUGAGACAAGAGGAGGCAAAUAAAGUGCUCAAACUAUUUGGUGUGCAGAUUGGUUACUUAAACCACCAAGCUUCCCAUCAACUCGUUUGAAAUGUUGAACGGAAAACAAAAAGGUCUUGUAAUAGCAUUCAACUUCAUGAUCCUUCUCCUUCCUCACAAUGGUGAAGUGUUCAAUGCAUAGAUGAACAAGUUUCAUUGACGUUAACAUUUGUCCCUCUAUUCUAUGUCAUCUGGUUUAGUCUUGCUCACUUAAGUAGGAGUGACUAGUAAUUUUCUCAUUCAUUUUGGGUGCAAGUUGUAUUUAGAUCAGAUU